GGGUGCACCGGGGGCUCGGUGCGUGACUUGUCUGCGAUGUUGUGGGCGGCAGGACGCCAUGUCUGAUGGCCCGGUGGCCGGCACCUGGUGCGGCACUCGGCGCGGCGCCCAUGGGCCCGGGGGCCCUCCUGGCCCUCCAGCUGGCCUCGCUGCUGCUGUUGCUGCAGCCGCAGGCCGAGGCGGGAUUCGCCUGCCUCAGCAGCCCCUGCGUCUACGGCAUAUGCAUGGACGACCUCAACAGCUCGUUUACUUGUUACUGCAUCGACGGCUACACGGGUGCGCUGUGUCAGACCAACUGGGACGAGUGCUGGUCCUCGCCGUGCCUCAACGGGGGUAGCUGCGUGGACGGAGUGGCCUCCUUCAACUGCACCUGCCCCGACGGCUUCGUGGGCGAGCUGUGCGAGCUGGACGUCAACGAGUGCCUCUCCAACCCGUGCCUCAACAACGCCACCUGCCUGGAUGGCCCCAAUGGCUACGCGUGCCUGUGCCCGCCGGGCUACUCCGGCGAGCGCUGCGACCUGGACGUGGCCGUGUGUAACGUCACGGCCGAGGCCCGCUGCAGCAACGGCGGUGCCUGCCAGGAGGGCCGCGGCAUGGACUUCUCGUGCGUGUGCCUGCCGGGCUGGACCGGGCCGCUGUGCGAGGAGCCCGUCAACGAGUGCGAGUCCUCGCCCUGCCACCACGGCGGCGUCUGUGUCGACCUGCACGCCGGCUACGCCUGUGCUUGCCUGUUCGGGUACACGGGCAAGCACUGCGAGCAGGAGCUGGAGCCGUGCGCCAAGAACUCGUGCCUCAACGGGGCGCUGUGCCUGCUGGAGGACGGCGACGACGUCUGCUACUGCGUGCCAGACUUCCACGGCGACCGCUGCCAGCUGCAGUACGACGAGUGCCGGCGCGGACCGGGCUGCCGCAACGGCGGGACUUGCAUCGACGGCGUGGACGAGUUUUCGUGCUCGUGUCCCUCCGGGCUGAGCGGCUCCCAGUGCGAGUGCGUGGCUCAGCUGGACGGGCUGCUCAACUGCUCGGAGGCCGCGCGGCCGCCGGCCCCCGCUGGCCCUGGCACGACGCCGACGCCGCUCACAACAAGCACCAGGAGACCGGCCAGCGCGACGACGUUCCGACCAGCUUCCACGUCCACGCGGAGGCCGCGGACAACGACCGCCUCCGUGCCUAUCAAACCAGCAUGGACGACGACCACCGCGAUCAUGCUCACCCCGACAGUCACAACGACCACGCGGCGCACACCAAGACCAGGUCCACGGCCAUGGACGAAGCCGAUCACCACGACGCGAACGGCCGGACCCCCGACGUCGUCGACCGCAUUUUAUCUCACGUCCACGACCGGUGCCGACCUCAGCCCGACGUUCUCCACCUUCAGUGGCGACGAGAGCUUCACAACCGCGGUUGCCACAGUCGAGUUCCCGCGUACGAACGCCACAGCCUUCACGUACACGCCGGUCUCCACCACAGCAGUGGACUUCCAAGCGAGGACAGCCUCAGACGCGGGCACAACCCCGGCCUGGGCGACGUCCACGUCCGAAUGGGUGACCACGACGAGCGUGCCCGUGGCGCUCACGUCCAUGGGAGCAGCCAGCGACGUGACGGACGCCGAGCCGCCGCCCUCUGCAGCGACCAGCGAAUCUCCCUCCAGGUCAACGUCCGUGUCCGAAGACGGCGCCGUAACAGACCACGUUCACGUGGAAGGCUCUGCGACUGACGGGGGUGUGGGUGAUGGAGCGCUCGGGGCCUCCACACGUCCCGGGGAGGAGGUCGGGCCGGUAACGCCAGUGUCAGAGGCAAGUGCGUCGACGACUGUCGGGGGUAGCCCGGGGGCGCCGGCGGUUUCGGCAGUGCCCGCCACCAGGGACCCCAAAUCCUUCCCCGUUGCCACGAGCACGUCAAACACAACGGCAACAGCCAUGACACCGCAUGCCCAACGUGGGGGAGCGGACAAGGCCGGCUCGGACGUGACGGUCACGGUCAGCCCCCAUCCCCUUCCGGACGUGACGCCUAGCGUCACCGAGACCUUUACCCGUGUCGUCACGCACGGCGCAACCGAGGGGGCCACCCUGCCGACAGCCGACGCCGAGUCUACAAGCGAGGGACCGGUCCAGCCGACAAGCCUCACGACGCCCACUAACGUUAGGCUGACGACGGCCCCAGCAGGAGUCGCUUCACCUGACUUUCUGUGGACGACCUUCCCCCCUACGACGACCCCGGAUGCGGUGCCGGGUACAGUGACCUUGCCGGGUGUGACGGUGACGAUGGCCACGACGGAGCCUGCCGACGAAGAGGGUUUGAGCACCACCGAGUCCCCCGAAGGCAACAUGACGGACUGCAGCGAGACACCCUGCCUCCACGGGGCCACCUGUGAGAACACCCCCGACGGCAUCAAGUGCCUGUGCGCGUUCGGCUGGUCCGGCCCGCGCUGCGCCGUGGAGGUGCGCGUCACGUCGGCGGCCUUUGCGGGACACUCGUUUCUGGUGCAUCGCCUACCCGGUGACCUCGGCGGCGUCCUCGGCUCGCGGGUGGCGGUGCGCGCGCGCACUCUCGCACCCUCCGGGCUGCUCCUGCACGCCUCCCUGGCACCCGAAAUCUACGUCACUCUGUACCUAGAGGACGGACUGCUCAAGUUCCAGUUCUCGUGCGGCGUGCAGACCAUGGUCUUCAGUGAGGUGCAGCACCGCGUCAACAACGGCUUCGACCUGCACAUCGCAGCCUCGUUGGAGGUGCUGCCCCUUCGCGGAGCGAUGCGCCCGUGCGCGGCGGCUCUGCACGUCAACCACUCUCUGGCCAUGAGCGGCGAGCAGCAGUCCGUGGAGCCCCAGGGGGGCCCCGGUGGGGGCGGUGCCGCUGCCCAGGGCCGGAACCACAGCGCGCUGCUCUACCUGGGCGGGCUGCCCGGUAUUGGGCACCACCUGCGCCCAGACCACACCGACGACGCCCCUCUGCCCGGCGGCCUGGUGGGCUGCAUGCUGGGGCUGGAGGUGGACGAUGGUCCUCGGCGCAUUUUCGACGACGCCGUCAGCGGCUCCGAGGUGACGGAGUGCGCGGCGCUCGCCUGCCUGUCGGCGCCCUGCCAGAGUGGCGGCACCUGCGUACAGAACGGCCAGGACUGGGACUGUCUGUGUCCCUCCGGGUAUGUGGGCAGGACCUGCGAGAUCUCCGUCUGUCGGAACAACCCCUGCAGGUUCGGCGGUACAUGCGUCCCCUACCCAGCCAGCGGCUUCCUGUGUCUGUGCCCACUCGGCAAGCACGGCAUGUUCUGCGAGUCAGACCUGGAGGUGGCCCAGCUGUCCUUCUCGCCGUCGGUGGCGGGACUGUCGUCCUUUGCCGCCUACGCGCUCCCAGUGUCGGUGGAGAGCGCCAUGGAGCUGCGCUUCCGCUUCGUGCCCGCCACCCAGGACCAGGUGGGGCUGAUGCUGUUCCUCGGCCAGGACGGCCCGCACGACGCCUCCUCGGACCACCUCGCCGUCAGCUUCAUCAAGGGCUACGUCGUGCUGACGUGGAACCUGGGCUCGGGGCCGCGGCGCAUCUUCACGCCGCGGCCGCUGGAGCCCCGCGGCCAGCGGCCGCACUCGGUGCGCGUGGGCCGCGCGGGCGCCGCCGCCUGGCUGGUCGCCGACGGCAUGGCCAACGUGACGGGCACCUCCCCGGGGCCCCUCAGCCAGCUCAACACCGCCCCCUGGCUGUACCUGGGUGGCCACGACGCCGUCAACUUCUCGGGCCUCCCCCACGACCUGCCGCUGCACAGCGGCUUCGCCGGCUGCCUGCUCGACGUGGAAGUGGUGUCCGGGGCGGGGCCGUCGCGCGUGUCCGUGGCCCUGGAGCGCACGCGGCCGGCGGCCGGCCGGGCCGUGGGGCAGUGCGGCACGACGCUGUGCCACGCGCGCGCGUGCCAGCACCGCGCCGCGUGCCUGCACCACGCCGCCACCUUCUCGUGCCUGUGCCCGGACGGCUGGUUCGGCCCCGUGUGCGCGCAGCGCUUCAACCCGUGCGACUCCAGCCGGCACAACUGCAGCGCCGGCUCCACGUGUGUGCCGCUCAGGGAGGGUUACGAGUGCGACUGCCCGUUCGGUCGCUCAGGCCGCUACUGCGAGAAAGAGGAGGCCGUGUCCGACGUGCUGCUGAGCGGCAGGCGCUCCUUCCUGUCGCUGGGCGCGGUGGACCUGCAGCGCGCACAGUCCUGCGUGGGCCUGGAGGUACGGCCGCUGGCGGACGACGGGCUACUCUUGCACGCGGGUCACGCGGCGCCGCGCGCGCCCAGCCUGGCGCUCGUGCUGCGCGGCGGGCUGCUCGAGGCGCGCCUCGCCACGGGCGUGCCCGCGCGCCGGUCGGCCCUCGUGACGGUGCGGUCCCGGCGCGUGCUCGCCCGCGACGACUGGCACCGCGUGCGCGUGUGCCGCUACGGCCGCCGCCUGUUCCUCUGGGUGGACGGCGACGCGCACAGCGCCGCGCUGCGGCCCACGCACCGCCUGCCGCCCGCGGGCGCGCCGCUGUUCGUGGGCGGCGCCCCGGACCUGGCGGCGCUGCCCUGGCUGCUGGGCGGCGGCGCCGCGGGGGCCGUGCCUCUGCGGGGCUGCGUCCGCGGCCUCAGCGUCAACUGGCGCGCCGCCCCGCUGGACGCGGCCCACGUGCUCGAGGCCCGCAACGUGGCCGACUGCGACGGCACGGCGUGCGGCGGGGACGUGUGCCAGCACGGCGGCUCCUGCUGGCUCGGCGACCAGGGUGACGCGUACUGCACGUGCGCCCGCGGCUACAGCGGCCGCCACUGCGAGCACCAGCUGGCGUGCGACGCGGCCCUGGCCGGGCGCGGCGCGGCCCCCGCGACGCAGCCCUGCAGGAACAGGGGCCGGUGCGUCGGCGCGCGCUGCCACUGCCCCGCCGGCUGGGGCGGCGCGUUUUGCGAAGAUGAGGUGGCCGUCGGCACGCCGCACUUUGGCGGCGAGGGCUACCUGCUCGUGGACCGCGACGCCUCCAGGCCGCGGCACGCCGACGCCGACGUUGAGGAGUUCGCGGUGGGCGGCCGGAUGCGGGAGGGAGAGCGGAGAGACAUCAGCUUCCUGUAUCUCAACUUCUCGACGACGCAGGAGAACGGGAUGAUCUUGUGGUCGGCCAAGGACGAGGAAGUGGUGGGCGUGGGCGUGGAGGCUGGCCGCCUCAAGGUGGUGUGGGGAUGGCGCGGCGCCGGGCUCUUCGUCGCCCUGGUGCCCGGCCCCGCUGUGUCCGAUGGCGCCUGGCACGACCUCGCCCUGUCUUUCGGGCCCAACGUCACAAUGUGGACUGACGCCAGCCCGGAGCCCGUCCACAGAGCUGCAGCGCUCGCCCGCCCCGUGUCCUCGGGGGGAGUCCUUUACGUCGGAGGCUUUCCGGGGAACAAGUCUGUGGUGAUGGAGACUAGAGGCGUAUUUAACAUGCCGUUCAGUGGCUGCCUGCAACAGGUGUCCUGGAACCAGGACUCGAGUGUGACUGACUUCACAGGAUACCAAGGGGAGAAUGUGGGAAGUUGUGAGCUCUUUGAACCAUGAUCAUGUCUAUGGUAGAGCAGAUAUAGAAUGAACUGUAAAACUAAAUGUAGGUAUUAUUGUACUAGAGAUCUCUUGAGGGGCUUCCCCAGCUGGAGAGCCCAGAUGAAGGAUUGGGGGGAGGUUUUUAAAUGUUUCGCAUCGAAACGAAAUUAUUUUAGAAGUGACAAUUUUUAUGUUGAGUUUCUGUUUUUCUGAGUUUAAAGUGUGAUUUUCUUUGUUGAAAAAGUCCUGUCCUUGGUUAGGAGCAUGUGUAGACAUGAAAACCCUGUAAUGUUUGAGAUUAUUUUAGU